AUGAAAAUUAACUAACCUAAAUUUAAAACAAAAAAGCCAUUAGGAUUAACACUGGACUAUCUGGAAAGUCAGUAACAUUAAAAAGAGAUACUUCCAGAGGUAAAACAAUAUGAUUAAUAAGGCUUAAGAAAUUAAUUAAUUUGAUGAUAUUUUCAAUCAAUAUCAACAAAUAUAACAAACAAAAGAACUUGAUCAAUUGAAUCAAUCAAAAUCAUCAAAUAUUGAACAACAUUAAAAUGAUUAAUUAAACAGUUCCAAACCUAUAAAUUUGUCAAUCAGUAUAUAUAUUAUAGUUAUUUUUUAUUCAGAUGUAGACAAUCAAAAUUAAAAGGUUUAAAAAAUUAUUUUUGAUGAGUAUUAUACAUAAAAUAAUGGAAAUACAGAUAAAUCUGACAAUAUUCAAAUUUAAUAGGAUAAAUUAUCAAAUAUUAAUACUAAAUUGAUUUAAGAACCUCCUGCACCUAAAAACAAGGAUUGUGUUAAGUAAAGUUUUUCAUAGAAAGGAUCUUCUUUAUCAGGAUGUAAAUAUAAUAAUUUAUGAAAAGUAAAAAAAUAAAUAUAAAUUGCAAUUCCUGAUGUUGAACAUAAUAUUACUAGUUCAUAUGAAUAAACAAUGAUAAAAUAAUAAUUAAAAUAAAAUUAAAUGAAUGAUUUAGAAUUAAAAUCAUAAAUAUUUUAAUUACAAAAUGAUAAAGAUAGGAUUAAAAAUUAGUAUUAACUUGAAAUAAUUGAAUUAAAUGCUCUUAUCUAAGAAUUAUAAAAUAAAUUAGAAAUAGAGUAGGCAGAAUAAAUACAAUUAAAACAAUAAAAUCAAAAAUUAACAAAUCUUAUUUCAUAAAUUGAUAAUUAAAAUAUAGAAAAAUAGGAUAAAGAAUAAUUAAGAUGUAGUCAUCAUAAUAAUUUAAAUGAUAAAGAAAAAAUAUAAUAUUUAAUAGAAAAGCUAAAUGUUAAAUCAACUUAAAAUGCUAAAUUGCAUUAUGAAAUAAUUAAAUUAUAAAACAAUGUAAAAAUAACUUUACAUUAAUAGGUUGAAAUGCUUGAAACUUAAUCAAUUCUUCAUUUAAAUAAUGGUAAUUAAAUCAAUAAUCAGGAUAAACCAUCCAUCAAUUAAGUUCCAUAAUAUUUAGGAAUAGAGGUUCAAUAACCUACUUAAGUUUAAAAUAAAAAAGAAACCAUUAAAGCAAGUGUGAUAAUGUAAUAGAAACAAUCAUUCUUAAAUCUAAGUGCAAAUCACUCAUAAUUAGAUUAGAAUAAAAAUAUGAACUUGUAUUUCUUCUACUAAACAAAAUCUUAGUUCAAAUAUGAUAACACCUUAAGCCAACAAAAAUGAAGUAUCUAAUUCAAUUCACAAAAAUUUGACUUUACAUUAAACAAAAAACGGGUAUUUUAAAGAAGAUAAUUUAUAAUAGAUUAGAAAAAUACAGUAUGAAAUUAUUAUUUUAUUUAGAAGUACAAAAAAUUCAACAUCUGUAGGUGAAUUAAAUAUUAUAAGAUAAGAUCCUACCAAUUAUUCAAAUAUAUUAUAAAAUAUGAUGAAAAAAGGUGCUCCUAAUUCACCAAAUAAAUAUAUUCAUGCCACCUAAAAAUUUAAAGAGACCUUAGAUUCAAAAUUAAAUAAUAUUUCUGAUAAAUAAAAAUCAUAUGCUAGUUUACUUUUUUCAGGAGGUGAUAUGAAAAAGUCUAGACAUAAGGAUGCUUAUUGUAGACAAUAUUCUCCUCAUAUCAAUGAAGAUAUUUAAUUUAAAACUAGAUAGUAAUAUAUUAUUUAUAUAUUUAGAUUAUUUUCAUUAAAACCUUAUUCAAAUUCAAGGAAAGAAUCAGAAACAAUAAAAUCUGAAGAGUCUCAUAAAUUAAGCACAGAUAAAGCAAAAUAUUAGAAUAAAUAUGAAUAUUCAAAUUAUCAAAAAAAGAAAGGUACAUUUUAAUCCACUUUAGAUAUUUUGCAAAUGGUGAAAGACAUUAAUAAUUAAAAAAUUGGAAGUAGUUAUGCAGAUAAUAAUUAUUAGUUUCAGCAAAAAUAAAUUACAAAAAAAAAUGUGAUGCGACAUAUGAACAAUAAUCUAAUCUUCGAUAGUACAACAAGAACAAUCUAUAUUGA